AUGGAAAAUAAUCUUCCGGUGAUAUCCAAAAGGCUCUGGAAAUUGGUACGCGUCGCUUAUUUCCUUCUCCGUAAAGGCAUCUCCAAGAGCAAGCUCAUUCUCGACCUUAAUCUCAUGAUGAAGCGCGGCAAAAUCGCCGGAAAAGCCAUUGCCAAUCUCAUGUUCCACCACCACUAUCACGGCGGCGCCACUCCUUCCUCCUCCGCUGAUCAACUCCCCGUCGCCGUUGGUCCCGACGAUUACGAAUUCAACUGCAGCGAUAGCCCCGCUUUCCCUUCUCUCCACUUCCCUGCCUUCCACAAACGCCGUCGUAACCAAAACCACACCUCCUUCUUCGCGUGUGCUCACGCUCCUCAAACACUCGACGAUGAUGCUGCUGCCGUUAAGGCUGCUGUCGAGAUUUUUAACUACCACAGCGGCGCGUCGUCGCCCUCCCUUGUCUCAGGGAGCGUCCGCCAGCUAAGGAUAACUGACUCUCCGUUUCCUCUACAUGACGCCAACGCUGAUUCCUCGGUCGAUAAAGCCGCCGAUGAAUACAUCAGCAGGUUUUACAAGGAGCUCAGACUUCAACCAACGGCCGACGAGAACUGA